AUGAACAGCCAGGCCUUCGACAUAGGUAACUACAUCCAACCCGUGGUUGUGUCAGGUGGCGAUCCGCUAGAGAACGCCUGUGAUCUCUUCAUCUACCACUUCAAGAUCUACGAGUUUGCUGCUCGUUACGACAUCUCUAACUUGAAGACUCUUUCAUUCUACUACCUGAAGGUAGCAGCCGACAAACUUAGUUACUAUGUUCUUGCCGGCACACUCUCCAAGAUGAACUACGCCUUCAGCCCUCAGGAGACCGAUUUCAUCGCUUACAUGCGAGAGAGAUCCCAGAUGCAGAACGAGACUCUCACUCCUCGAGACCACGCGGCUGUCAUGGACGAUUGGCAGUACAGUAUGACUCUCGAGAACUUCCUUCUCGGCCAGAUCAUCAUGAUGAAGCUGCACAUCCAGAAGCUUGAGGCUGAUGCCGACCCUGACGUCACAGAUGACACCGAAGUCACUGACUACACUGACGACUCCGACGCCUCCGACACUGAACGGGACGACGAGGAUGACGACGAAUCGCAGUAG